CGCAUAUAUGCCUAGUAUAAUUGAUUGAGUAACUGGACCCAGUGAAUCCCUUAUUUGCAAUUGCAUAAUUUUCAGAAAAAAGAUUUAAAAUUGAACAUAAAAAAUAUUUCUGUUACUGAAAUAGAAGAAAUCUCAAAUAUGAAAUUUGUGCGUGUCAGAACUGUAGAUGCGAAAUAAACAAAUUAAAUUAGAACGUCGUAUAGAUGUGAGUGGGGUGUUUGAUUACAUUUACGUAUAUUUAAAGAGCCAAAUGAUAAAGUUCUUUGUUUCAGAGAGACGCUCUUCAUAAAAUACAGAAGUGGUACUUUGUUAUCAGGUCGGUGUCUGAUAAUUUGCCGAUCGAUGCGGCGUACUACUUCUUGCGAAACCGAGAGACAGACAGACAUAGACAAAGAGACAUUUUUUAGCCGGAGCUAAAUUUUUCAAAUCGGCCUACUAAUUAAGCCAAUCCAAUAUACCCUAUAAAUCUACUAAUAUCAUUCAAUGAUAGGUUAUAUACGGUGUAUAAGACCCAGCUAUCGACAUGUUUACAGAUCAGCAUGGAGAUAUAAUUCCACAGGUGUAUCUAGUCUUCCUGGCAAAGAAUUAACCAUUGCCAAAUUUGAUUUUCCACUCGCUAGUCAUAGUAUAGAUCAAGUGUAUCAAGAUCUUGAUACAAUCCUAAAUGCUCAAACUCCUGUUAGAGUUACUUUAACCGGACAUGUAAACCGAAAACCAAGGAUAAGGCCGAAUUUGGCAUUUGCAGAAUUAAGAGAUAGUCAAGGAGAUACAAUUCAGUUAAUAAUGAAUCCCGACACAACAGAAUCUAAAUAUUUUGAAUUAAUGAAAAGUACUAAAAUUGAAGAUUCUAUAAGUGUAACAGGAAUUGUAAAAUUAAAAGAAGUACGAGGAGACGUUCCUUCAGAUCGAAAAGAAUGGGAAUUACUUAUUGAUCAUUAUCAAAUUUUAAAUUCUUCAAAUUUAGAUGCUGCACGAUUAGAUAAGUUAAAACAUUCUGAUCCUGGAGCUAUUCCACCUCAAUUUAGGUAUUUAACACUUAGAAAUAAUAACUAUCAACGUAUUUUCCGAAUGAGAAGUAAAAUAGCUCAAAUGAUUCGUAAUAUAUUUAUUGAUAAUCAUGAUUUUGUGGAAAUUGAAACUCCUUUACUUUUUAAAUCAACUCCUGAAGGUGCAAGAGAAUUCCUUGUUCCAACAAGAGCAAUUGAUAGAUUUUAUGCUUUACCUCAAUCUCCUCAACAAUAUAAGCAAAUCUUAAUGAGUUCAGGCUUUACAAAGUAUUUUCAAUUAGCAAAAUGUUUUAGAGAUGAAGAUUUGAGACAAGAUAGACAACCUGAGUUCACUCAAGUUGAUAUGGAAAUGAGUUAUAUUAAUAAUAGUGAUCAAGUAUGUCAUGUUGUUGAAGAUAUUAUUCAUAAUGUUGUUAAUAAAUUUGCCAAUAAGCCAACUUAUACAAUCAAUAGAUUCAACAAUUGUCUUGAAAAGAUACCGUUUGAUACCCAAAAAAAAUUAGAGGGAAUUAAAUUUAUUAAGAUGAAAUAUAUUGAUUGUUUGACCGACUAUGGUAUAGACAAACCUGAUUUCAGGUACGAUUAUAAGUUAACUAAUCUUUCGAAAUUCUUCAAACCAUCCUCAACAACUACUGAAGGUUUUCCAAUAGUAGAAGCAUUAGUUGUUAAGAAUGUUACAGAUUCUACAAAUAAUUAUAAAGUUCCUCAUUCUUUAGCUGAGACCAAAGAUUAUUCAAGAAGAGCUCCAUACAUUUUUUCUAUAAAAACAGAAGAUGAUAGAAGGAACUGGUUUAAGAAGUUUGUUGAGAAGGGUGUAUUAUCCGUAACUGAUCAGUUCAACAAUGAAGAGUUAUCAUCAUUAUUAAAUUUGGAAAUAGGUGAUGUCUUUGCCUUUUCAACAAGAGCAGAAUUCCCAUACGAGAAUCCAACACCAAUGGGUAGAUUUAGACAAUUUGUUAUUGAAUCAUUCCCUGAAAAAGGUAAAAGAAAAAUAUAUGAUCCACAGACUCAAUUAAUUUCUGAAAAUUCAAUACCUCAUAAUGAUAUUUUUGUAGGUACUUGGGUUGUCGAUUUCCCCUUAUUUAAUCCUAUUGAACUUGAUUCUGAAGAUAAAUCAUACCCAGUAUAUGAUUUCAAUAAGUUUGAAUCAACACAUCAUCCUUUUACUAUGGCCAAAACAGCAGAUUAUGAUCUUUUACAAUAUGAUCCAUUAAAGGUUAGAGGAGAACAUUAUGAUUUAGUAAUGAACGGUUCAGAAGUUGGUGGAGGAUCUCGAAGAGUUCAUGAUCCCGAAUUACAAAAAUAUAUAUUUGAAAGAAUUUUAAGAAUCAACAAUUAUGAAGAUAAAUUUGGUCAUUUAUUAAAGGCAUUAAGUAUGGGAUGUCCACCUCAUGCUGGUUUAGCUUUAGGAUUUGAUAGAUUAGUUGCUAUGUUAGUUGGUACAGCUAAUCUUCGAGAUGUUAUUGCAUUCCCAAAAAAUCAAUCAGGUGUAGAUCCUGUAGUUGAUAGUCCAACAUCUGUUAGUAAAGAUGUUUUAAAACAAUAUCAUGUAAUUACGAUAAACGAAUAGUUAAUAGUUCCCUGU